AUGAACAAAACCCUCAUUCAACUUAGUCUUCAAGGAAACCAAAUAUGUGCUCAAGGAGGUGAAGCAUUAGAUGAAGCGUUGAAGGUGAAUAACAUUCUCAAUCAACUUGAUCUUUCUUGGAACCAAAUAUCUGUUCGAGGAGGUGAAGCAUUGGCUGAAUCAUUGAAAACGAACAACACUCUCACUCAUCUUCAAAGAAACGAGAUAUCCGCAUACGGAGAUGAGGCACUGGCUGAAGCGUUGAAGGUCAAUAACACUCUCAUUCAACUUAAUCUUCAAGGGAACGGAAUAUGUGCUGAAGGAGGUGAAGCGUUGAAGGUGAAUAAGACUCUUGCUCAACUUAAUCUGCGACGGAACAAAGUAUCCGACAGAGGCAAUGAAGCUCUAGCAGAAGCGUUGGCGUCCAGCAACAUUCUCACUCAACUUGACCUGUCUUGGAACCACAUAUCUGAUAGAGGAGGUGAAGCACUAGCUGAAGCGUUGGCAUUCAACAAUAUUCUCACUCACCUUGACCUUUCUUAG